GAGUGGCAGCUAAAGUUUUGAUUCCUGAGGAUGAUCUCUGUUGUUCUGUAUGUUGUGAUAUUUUUAAAGAGCCUGUUGUCCUGAAAUGCAUGCACAGCUUCUGUAGAGUGUGUGUGCGGCAGUACUGGGAACAGAAGAGCUCUCGAGAGUGUCCCAUCUGCAGGAGAAAGUCCUCUGUGGAAGUGCCUCCCGUAAACCUGGCCUUAAGAAGCAUUGUGGAGUCGUUCUCAAAGCAGAAGAGUGAGAGUGAAAUGGCCGACAAGAGUGACACUCACUGUAGUCUUCAUGGGGAGAAACUUCUCUUCUUCUGUGAACACGACAAAGAGCCUCUGUGUGUCGUCUGUCAGACUUCAAAAAGACACAGAAAUCACACAGUCUGUCCAGUGGAAGAAGCCGUACUGGAUCUGAAGGAGGAAAUCAAGCCUGAGCUUAAUUUUAUUAAAGAAAAACUGAAGAGCUUUACUGAGGCUGAACAAGAAUGCAUGAAAACAGCAGAACAUAUCCGGAGUCAAUCCCAGCACACGGAAAAACAGAUAAAGGCAGAGUUUAAGAAGCUCCGCCAGUUCCUACGAGAGGAAGAGGAGGCCAGACUAGCUGCACUGAAGAAGGAGGAGGAGGAGAAGAGUCAGAUUAUUAAGGAGAAGAUAGAAAACAUCACAAGACACGUCUCCAACCUUACAGACAAAAUGACAGUUAUAGAGAAGGCCAUGGACACAGAAGACACCUCCUUUUUAAAGAAUUACAACAAAAUCAAGGAAAGAGCCCAGUGCACACUGCAGGACCCAGAGCUGCUCUCAGGGGCACUGAUAGAUGUGGCCAAACACCUGGGCAACCUGAAGUUCAGAGUCUGGGAGAAGAUGCUGGGGAUGGUGCAGUACACUCCUGUGAUGCUGGACCCAAACACUGCAUGUGCCUGGCUCUCUCUCUCUGAUGAUCUGACCACUGUGAGAGACACAGAUACAUACCAGAAAUGUCCUGACAACCCAGAGAGGUUUAACCCCAGUGUGUUUGUGCGGGGAUCUGAGGGACUUACCUCAGGGAAACACAGCUGGGAGGUGGCGGUUGGGAACAAACAUGCCUGGGAUAUAGGAGUGGUGAAAGAGUCCAACAGGAAGGGAGAUAUAGCAUACAGCCCAGAGAGUGGAUUCUGGGUGUUAAUGCUGAGGAAUGGUGAUUAUUACAGAGCAGCUGGAGUUACUGCCCUCACACUGAAGAGGAAACCCCAGAGCAUCAGAGUGGAGCUGGACUAUGACAGGGGGGAGGUGUCCUUCUUUGACUCCAGUGACAUGUCACUCAUCUACACUUUCACAGACACAUUUACUGAGAGAGUGUUCCCAUUCUUCUCUCCCUAUUUGAGAGAAGAUGGUGAGAAUGAGGGACCCCUGCAAAUAUGCCCAGUGAAAGUUUCCAUAACAGUGACAUCAUCCCGAUGAACAUGUUUGUUAAAAAAGAACAAACGAGAGAUGUUGUAUUUCUAUGUAAUUAUGGUUUGUAAUGGGCCUCAGCAUGCCUGGUUGUUGACCUGAACUGGGUUAGACUUGCCGGAGAUGUGAAUUGAGGGGGGCAGCUGAUGAUCUACCAAAUGGGAGGCAGACACACACACGCACACACACACACACACACACACACACAAACGUAACAUUGACCAUUUGCUCAAUGUUGUCUGCCUCAGUAUGUAUGAAUGUUGAUUUGGGAUGGACCUGCUGAAGAUGUGGAAGGACAAAGGGGGAUGUUUUAAUUGUCUGUCAGAAGGGAGCAGACAUGCAGACAGUGACCAUUUGGUUACCUGCCACCAUCUUGGUUCAUUUUGUUCUUUGAAAGGGGUAUAAAGCUGGUGCUUGAACAAUGUUAUAUUAUACUUGAUCUGCCUGCUUUUACCCAGUUCCAUGCUGUAAUGGACACUAUAUUUCCUUGUUAACAUAACAUUUUUGUGAUCUAAACUUUGGAAAUGCUCAUUUUAAUAGGACUAAAUGUAUUCACACUGAAAUAGUACUAUAGAGGAAAUCCAAUUUAUAAUUACAAUUCAUUCAUUUUCAUUUCAUGAUUAAUUAUUUUGUUGAGAGUUAAUGAAGGGUACAUGCAUUUUUCAUUAUGUACAUACAGCCACUAUCUCCCUUCAUUAAUAAUUAAUUUCAUGUUUGUACAUCAAACUGUUGUGCUCUUGUGAUUACAUCAAAUUUCUUUUUUUUGCUUUCAUAUCUGAUCAGUGUCAUUCGUGCAUUGCUAGUUUUAUAAGGCAGUGAACAAGUUUGAAAUGUGUGAGUAUCAUCAGCACAUGUUAGCAGGGGCUUCGGGUGCCCACCCUGGAGAGAUCUGUUAGUGGUCAGAAGUCUCAUGAGAAUCAGUUAUCUGCACCACAGACAGAAGUGAAGUUUCAAAAUGCUCAUCACCCUGUCGCGAAUUGUCAAACAACCGCAAAUUAC